GCAGGAAGAUGACUUGUUGACUGUCCAUCAGCUGUAGGCGGGCGAUUUUGUGAGUUUUGUUUUUUCUUAGUUUUUUUCUGGAUUCUAUGCUCAUAUGAGACUGAAAACGCAAGAGGAAGAUAAACACAAUGGCAAACCUGUUACACUGGAGCCUCCUUUUGCUCUGUACAGUAAGCCUCUGCAUCCAGCUAGUGUCCAGUGGCAACCAAAGCUCCCGAGGACAGCCAGGGUCAUCAAAAGAGAGGACAGGGACUUGUGAGGUAGUUGCUGCUCAUCGCUGCUGCAAUAAGAACAAGAUUGAAGAGCGCUCUCAAACAGUCAAGUGCUCCUGCUUCCCAGGACAGGUGGCAGGGACAACAAGGGCGCUGCCCUCUUGUGUUGAAGCUUCAAUUGUGCGCCUGAAAUGGUGGUGUAAAAUGGAGCCGUGUCUGGAGGGGGAAGAGUGUCGAGUUCUCCCUGACCUCACUGGCUGGUCAUGCAUCUCUGGGAACAAAGUGAAGACCACAAAGGUGGCGCGGUAGCAAGACAUAAGAUCUGUCUAAUGAGUGGGAUCCAAGCCUGACCUGCUGCAGCCAACUUCAACCCCAUCACACAGGGAAUGAAAGAAAUUAGAUUUAAUUAGCUAUCUCCUGGCUGCGCUUUAACCUGCAAGAAUUCAUUAUUUUAAUUUCCUUUUUGCUGAAACAAUUCUUUUUUGUGUUAAUCUCACGGAGAGAGCAAUCUAUAAACAAUUGACUUAAGAUAAAAUGAUGCAGCACCUUUUUCCAAUCCAAACAGAGCUUCUGCAAAAGUCUUUGUUUUUGUGCUUGGAAUGCUGGGCACAUUGUGAUGCGCUCAAUCAAAGUUUGGAUGGAGCUGCUGGCAGACACUUAAAAAGAGAUUUUAUGGAUUUUCAGGUGGCAGAAUGUGAGCCUAGUCAGUGGCUCAUGACUUUGUGCCGUUCAAAGAAAAAGACCACAAGUACUGAGGAAUUUGUGAUUACACUAUGUAGCAUUUGUAGUCAACACUGUCCCUUAACAUAUGCUUAGCUUUCUAAAGAUGUCAGAUCCCUUUAGACACAAAAUACUUCUACAUGCACACACACACACAAGCACACAUACACGAAUACUACUUUUUGAUUCCACUGGUUGGACGGGCCACCACCUGCAAGGCUGUGAUGGCAUGCACACAAGCAUGAAGCCCUGACGCAAAACAAGAACUGUUUGAAAUGCUAAUCAUGAGAAGAAAUGGGAGAGAAAAGAGAAGAGGAGCCUCUUCACUGCUGAGAGUCUUUACUUCAU